AUGCAACUCAUUGCUUUUCUCGCCGCUCUCGGCGUCCCUGUGGCCUUUGCUGCAACUAUCCCAAGUGUUCCCCUAAACCAUUCCAUGAUCGAUGUUAAGCUGUCCGCUGCUGGAAACUCUAUGGUCAAGGCUACUAUCACUAACAAUGGUGACCGUGCCUUGAACUUGUUAAGGUUCAACACCAUCAUGGAUGAACACCCAACCCGCAAGGUUAUGGUCUACCAGAAUGGCGCUGAGGUUCAGUUUACUGGAAUGCUUCCUCGCUACAUGAUGUCUAACCUCACCCCUGACUAUUUUGUCAGCCUUGGCCCCAAGGCCAGCGUUGAGCAUUCUUUUGACCUCGCUGCUACGCAUGACUUGAGCCGUGGUGGAAAGAUCACCGUUAUGGCCCAGGGAACUGUUCCUACCGCUGAGGAGCACGGAACCACCAUUACCGGGCACACCGUUUACGAGUCUAACAAGAUCACUAUGGAAGUUGAUGGAAACAAGGCUGCCGCUGUUGUGCAGGCUAUGGGCAAGGUCAAGGCUGGUUCCAUUGAUAAACGCUCCAAAGUCGUCACCUCUAGCUGCCACGGAAACCAACUCCAGGUCCUACAAACCGCCCUCGCCAACUCUGCCCGUCUUUCUCAAGCCGCCGCUAAAGCCGCUCAGAGCAACCCCCGCAAGCUUCAGGAAUACUUCAAGGCUACUGAUAGCGGCACUGUCCAGAAGGUUGUCAGCCGUUUCAUGUCCGUUGCCCGUGAAUCUAGCUCUAACUCUGCUGGUGGUACUACCUACUACUGCAACGAUAGCAUGGGUGGCUGCCACCCAGGUGUCCUUGCAUACACCCUCCCAUCCCAGAACCUUGUUGUCAACUGCCCCAUCUACUACUCUGAUAUCCCAGCUCUUAACAAGCGCUGCCACGGCCAGGACCAGGCCACUACCACUCUCCACGAGUUCACCCACAACCCCGCUGUUGUAUCUCCUUUCGCUCAGGAUCUUGGCUACGGUUAUGACCGCGUCGCUGCCCUCCCCGCCUCCAAGGCCAUCCAAAACGCUGAUACCUAUGCUCUUUUCGCAAAUGCUAUCUACGUCGGCUGCUAG